UGGUGCAAUUUGAGCUGAAUUUUGCGUUUGUUUUUUAAAGUUUCCAAAAGUUUGCCGUAUUUUGGAAAGUUUUGUUCAUCGUCUGGCGUAAAAGUAGAACAACGAGCAAUGUUUGCCGUGGUUAGGUGAAAAAGUUUUCAGGUGGUUCACGAGAAAAUUCGAAAUAUUUUCCCCCUCCCAGGAAAGCAGGCAAAAUAUGAGAAAAUGUUUGACCGGCCAAGAUGUCGCGAUUGGAGUCCCCUCUCAACGCAGCAGCUCCGGUUGCGCAGCCUGAUCCAGAUUUCCGGCCACAACAUCGUGACGGACCACCCGAAAUGUUCGGUGUACUUUACGCUGCACACGACCACGAUGUCGGCGCCGUUCUACACCAGCGAGCCGCAGGACAUCCACAGCAACAUCAUCUGGCCGGAGAUUAACUGUCCGACGAUGGUAAAGUCUUCGUUGCGGUGCGUUUGCGUUCGCGUGUGGCAGCACCGCCCGCCCGAGGAGAGUCCUCCGGCUGCUGCUGAGCCAGUUGGAGGGGAAGAGCACACAGAAGGUGAUACGCAGCUGUUCCUGUGGGGCGUGUACUUUUCCGGGCUGGUUCCGCUGACGAGGAGAAGCGAAAAGCGACUAAAGGCCAACACGCUGGUUUUUCAAAUGCACGGAGGUUUCUUCACGUCGGCCGAAAACAUACUUGAUGGGGACGAACCUGUGAGGCCGUCGUCAGCGUCGUCCUCCGUUAAAACACCAACUUCGUUUGCCAACAGCAUCGAAGGCAAAAAGCUAGGCUUAUUUUCCGAUAAAACUGAUUUACUCUGUGAUAAUAGCGAUAGUAGUUCUCCUCUCAGUUGGUACGGCCCGAGCAGUGGCGGAAAAGCGCGGCCUGCCGUCAGUCCGACACCGACGGAAGCCGAAACGAACCUGAAGAUCCGGUACCUCUUCAUGGAGUUUCUCAGGACGGAGAUUCGACCCAGCUACGACGUGCAACGGUUGCUCGCGGUUCAAGAACGCCAGCGUCGCAUCAAGUACGAAAGCGAAAGCGCCAAAGAAUUGACCGAUCGGAUCUGCAUGAAGAGCGCGUACUGUCUCAACCUGGAUCUGUUCACCGACAAGCAGCUCGUGUAUCACGCGUCCACCUCAGCCAACCAGAACCGAGGCGGCAUGGGACGACAGCUGAGCCGGUUGCUGUACCAGGAACGCGAACCCCUCAAGCCGGAAAUUCUCCUCAAAGCCCAGGAACUGCGGCGUCAAAUCGAGCUGGCUCGGUUCCGCAGCCGGAUUCUGCUCCAGGAGAAGGAACGCAUCCGGGGCAGCAUCCGGCAGUUGCAGCACAAACUGCACACAAUCAUCGACCACAACAUCGAGGGGGAAUCGGCGCUGAUGGCCAACUACCGGAACUACGGCCGCGAGAAGGAGGCGCUGUACCAGCAGAAGUUGGCCUACGCGAGCGAAAAAGAAAGCUACCGCGAGCUUAGGACAAAGGUGCUGGCCGCCAGGCAUCGGCUGCUGCGGGGGCUGAACGAGAUCUACUGCAUAAGGAAGACCAACAGUGGCACCACGUGCACGAUCAACGACGUCGCCCUGCCGAACGCGGAAUCGUACACGGACGCAACCCCGGCGCUGGCAUUCAGCGUGGCCCUCGGCUAUGUUGCGCACGCCGUCACGAUGUGCUCCUCGAUCCUGAAUAUUCCUGUUAGAAAUCCAAUAAAAUACGAAGGAUCUCGAUCAAAAAUGGUUGACUGCAUCAAGAUGCUACCGACGGCAGACCGAGAAUUCCCGCUCUACUGCCGUUCUGGCCCGCCCACGAACGCCCUCCUGUACGCGGUGUUCCUCCUCAACCAGAACAUCUCCCAGCUCAAGUACGCUCUCUGUCUGAGCCGGGGCGACCCGCGGGCCACACUCGCCAACCUGCACGAAAUCAUGAACGUCCCCUCGAUCAACGUGCUCAGCCGCGACAUCGAGGAACCGUUCCAGUCGAUCCAGACGGCCACGUCCGGCUCUUCGUCGGUGGAGCUGGACGUUCCGAUCGCGUUCAACCAGCUGGCGGUGACGGCACUCAAGGAGAGCAAAUCGACGUCGAGAAUAUCCCGCUCGGUGGACAACUACGGGGACAGGGAGGGCAAGGACGGCGGUGGCGGUGGCGGUGAGAAGCGCAACGGCAAGUUUGCGUCGGAUCCAAUUUUAGCGCAGGGACAGCUGCAGAUCGAAACCGGGGCUUUCGACAAGAAUAAGAACUUUUAACAACAACAGCAACAAGGUACGCUAGCGGGUUCCGGGGAGGUAGGACACUUUUGCGCGCGUGUACGUAUGUAUUCAUCACGUAGUAAUCUGUUAUCGAAUUUAUGUAUGGGAAAUAUUUAUUCGGAAUCAAACACGCGUUCAACCUUUUUUUUCCUGUAAAAAUGUAACAGUAGAAUUGGGACUUCAUAAUAUAUAACUAGCUGAAAAAA